AUGGCGGACGCAGGAGAGAACUACGAGGAGCUUAUACCCGGGGACACGCCAGUCGAUGUAGAAAUGACGGGCGACGUCCCAGUGGUGGAGAUUGGGGCCGUCGCUGCUGGAGAGGAUGGAAUGCCUUUCCAAGGAGAGCCCGUGGAGGAGGUCGCCGCUCGCACAACUUAUAUCGACUACCUGAGGAGUCCCGUCAUCGGCCUCUUGGUUGGACAAGGCGACGAGCAGGCUCUCCUGACUGCGCAUCAAGCUCUCUUGGUCCGCAGCCCAUGGUUCGCCGACGCGUGCGCCAAAUUCAGCGACGACGUCUCUGAACGCCGAAUUGACCUCGUCGACGAAGAGCUAGAUGCCGUCGGAUGCUUCCUCGAGUUUCUCUACACCGGCGACUACUUCCCCCGCAAGAUUGCCGGCACGCGCGACCUCGAGCGCGAUUCCACGGCCCCGGACGUCGACGAGACGGGGGACCAGCUCCUCAAGCACGCCCGCGUGUACACGCUCGCCGACAUGCUCAACCUCCCGGUCUUGAAGUCCCUCGCCUCGUCCAAGAUCCACUGCGUCAACUCGACCGCCAAGGGCGAGAUCGUGUAUGCCAGAUACGUCUAUGCUCACACCCAGAAGGACGACACCGCGAUCCGCUCGCCUGUCGCCAACUUCUGGGCCACCCGCUCGCAUACCUUGCGCUCCGAGGCCGAGGACGAGUUCCGCUCGAUGUGCUUGGAGUUUCCGCAAUUCGGAUACGACGUUCUCACCCGCGUCCUCGACGAGAAGCUCAAGCGCGAGAAGCAGGACAGAAUGCACCCCACCCCAGGCAGCUCCCGCAAGCGUCACCGCGGGUAG